AUGACUUCCAAGCCGCAUUCCGACUGGAUUCCCUACAGUGUCCUAGAUGAUGAGGGCAGCAACCUGAGGCAGCAGAAGCUUGACCGGCAGCGGGCCCUGUUGGAGCAGAAGCAGAAGAAGAAGCGCCAGGAGCCCCUGAUGGUGCAGGCCAAUGCAGAUGGGCGACCCCGGAGCCGGCGGGCCCGGCAGUCAGAGGAACAAGCCCCCCUGGUGGAGUCCUACCUCAGCAGCAGUGGCAGCACCAGCUACCAAGUUCAAGAGGCAGACUCGCUUGCCAGUGUGCAACUGGGAGCCACCCAUCCACCAGCACCAGCCUCAGCCAAGAAGACUAAGGCAGCAGCUGCAUCGGGGGGCCAGGGUGGGGCCCCUAGGAAGGAGAAGAAGGGAAAGCAUAAAGGCACCAGCGGGCCGACAACUCUGGCAGAAGACAAGUCUGAGGCCCAAGGCCCAGUGCAGAUCCUGACUGUGGGACAGUCAGACCACGCCAAGGAUGCAGGGGAGACAGCAGCCGGUGGGGGCACACGGCCCAGCGGGCAGGACCUCCGUGCCACGAUGCAGAGGAAGGGCAUCUCCAGCAGCAUGAGCUUCGAUGAGGAAGAGGAGGAGGAUGAAAACAGCUCUAGCUCCUCCCAGCUAAACAGCAACACCCGCCCUAGCUCUGCCACCAGCAGAAAGUCCAUCAGGGAGGCAGCCUCAGCCCCCAGCCCAGCAGCCCCAGAGCCGCCAGUGGAGAUUGAGGUCCAGGAUCUAGAGGAGUUUGCUCUGAGGCCAGCCCCACAGGGGAUCACUGUCAAAUGCCGUAUCACUCGGGACAAGAAGGGAAUGGACCGGGGCAUGUACCCCACCUACUUUCUGCAUUUAGACCGUGAGGACGGCAAGAAGGUAUUCCUCCUGGCGGGAAGGAAGAGAAAGAAGAGCAAAACUUCCAAUUACCUCAUCUCUGUGGACCCGACAGACUUGUCUCGGGGAGGCGACAGCUAUAUUGGGAAAUUGCGGUCGAACCUGAUGGGCACCAAGUUCACCGUUUAUGACAAUGGCGUCAACCCUCAGAAGGCAUCGUCUUCUACGCUGGAGAGUGGAACUUUGCGCCAGGAGCUGGCAGCUGUGUGCUAUGAGACAAAUGUCCUAGGCUUCAAGGGACCUCGGAAGAUGAGUGUGAUUGUCCCAGGCAUGAACAUGGUUCAUGAGAGAGUCUGUAUCCGUCCCCGCAAUGAGCACGAAACACUGCUAGCACGCUGGCAGAACAAGAACACGGAGACCAUCAUUGAGCUGCAAAACAAGACACCAGUCUGGAAUGAUGACACACAGUCCUAUGUACUCAACUUCCACGGGCGCGUCACACAGGCUUCUGUGAAGAACUUCCAGAUCAUCCAUGGCAAUGACCCGGACUACAUCGUCAUGCAGUUUGGCCGGGUAGCGGAAGAUGUGUUCACCAUGGAUUACAACUACCCGCUGUGCGCACUGCAGGCCUUCGCCAUUGCAUUGUCCAGCUUUGACAGCAAGCUGGCCUGCGAGUAG